AUGGAAAAUUAAAUAGGGUUUAGUAUUAACUAUAAUUUAAAUUUCGUUAAAUAGCUUCACAGAAACGAUUACUCGAUUUUGUUAAAAAACUCUCAUUUAAUUAUGGGUUUUAGAAAAAGAUUAAAGAGUUAGAAAUUUAUUGAAAAAUUAACACUUAAUAAGUUUAUAGAUGUAAAUUUUGUAGAAAGAUUGGUAGACUUAACAUGAUAGGAGGGAUGUAAAAAAUGUUGAAGAGAAUUGAUGAAUUGUAAGAAUAAAUUACUCAGGAGGCAAAUCUAAACAAAAGAGAGCUAUAAUUGAAAGAAAUGGAUGAAACAACUCAGCAAUUAGAUGAAUACAUAUAAAAUAUCAGCGAAAUAGGUUAAUAACUCAGGUUGGUAACUGAUUUUGUAAAUCAUAUCAGAAAAAGUUUGUUAAGAGUUGAAGGAAAAAUAAAUCAAAUAAAAGAGUAGCUCAACAACAUGGGUAAUGAUCUUAAAUUUUUGAGAGGAAAAUCAGUAAUAUAAUUGCUUGAAAUUAGAAAAUGGAAAGUGUUGAAGGAAGCAGCAGAAAAAAAUGUUAAGUCCAUCUAUGUACCAUCAAAAACUUAAGGGAAAGGUAAAAAUGAGAUUAGUAAUUUGAUGAUUUUAGAUUAAUUUGGCGAUUAAAAUGGAGAAGUGAAUGAGUUUUUAUAUGAAGGGAAAACAGUAUUACUAAUUCAUGGAUUAGCUGGAAUCGGCAAAAGUACUACAGCCAUAAAAAUUGAAGAGUUUAUUUGGAAAUUACAUGAUAGUAAUUAAAAAAUUGGGAAUUAUGUACUAAUACCUGUUUAUAUUUCAUUACCCUCUUUAAAAACCCUAUUUUUUAAGCAGUAGAGGAAUCACUUAAAUAAGAUGAUUAUGGAUUUGAUGAUCUCUAAUUGA